AUGCGCGCCGCCCACGUGUCAGCAGUUACUCCCUGCAGACUCUGUCACUUCGUGAUACCCGAGUUCCGAUUUUCCACCGAUUUUCCCACUCGCGAUCCUCUCGCCUGUGGAAAUUCUGCGCGUCGGCCACGUUCCAUCACGGCGAGAGAGUCGAAACUCUCCGAACGGUUGGAAAUAUGGAAACCGAAUGGGCGAAUCUCAUUGAGUCGUCGGUCCGACUCGAUAAAGCGUCCACCGAAUUAUCCGACACCGGACAAGGCGGAUAUUGCAGGCGUCGGUCCCGCGGGACCGACGCCGACCGGAACGAAUAUCGGCGCGUCGGUCCCCAGGGACUGA